UGAUUGUACAGGCCACUUCCUCUCUUAGGAGGACAAGAUGAAAAUUUGGUGCUCCUUGCUGUUGUUGAGGGAAGAUGAGUAGUGUUUGUUGGUAUGCCUCAGGUCAGCUCAACAUAAGGAUAACUCAGCUAAUUUUCACUAACAUUAAGAAAUUUGACAAUAGAGGCAUCAUUAUUUAUUAUAUUCUUCUAAGGCUGGAAUCAGUAGCUGGGAGAAAAUCUCACGGAUUUAUUUGUGUCAAGGACCAUGAAUUCUGCCAUAGAGCUAUGUUGCAUGAUACAAACUGGCCAGGAAACAACUGUAAUUACGUUAUUUUGAGUAGCAAUUGAUUUGCAUGUCUCAGCUUCAGUUCUCAGCAGGUGUGGAUUGUGUGUUUUAUCAUAAUCAUUACAGAUUUUUGAGCAUUUUUUUUAAACAUUUUUAAGACCAUUUCAGAAAUCCCUCAUGCUACAGGGGAAAGACAAACAUAGAUGUGUGAUUUCAUCAUAUAUGUCCCUACAUUUUAGUAAAAAAAAAAAAAUACAACCACCAAACAAAAAAAGUCUCAAACCAACCCUAUAACCUGGUAUAAAAAUACAGGAUGUCAACUGUGCUCAGCAGUAACCAGAUGAGUAGUCCUCCAUCAAACAGAGAAACUGAAAUAGUAAGUUCUUCAAGUCAUCUCUCAGGAGACAUUUUCCCAGGCUCUCCAUCCUGCUCAGUCAAUAACACUGAAGUCCAAACAUGUUGGGGACAAAAUUUCUUUCUGUCAAGUAAAAUAAAAAUAAGUACUCCCCUUACUUCUGGUGGGACAGAAGAGAGGAAGAUGAAGCGUGAAUUCCCCAGUGAAUUCAGAAGGAGAAAUGAAGAGAAAAUGGGAAGAAAGACUGAAGAAAGUGGAAGAACGAGCAUCCUACUAUGAAAGAAACCCUCUUCCUACAGUUUAUAGACCAAGACUGUCCAAACCCUUUCAGCCAUCUUCUGUUUGGAAAAUAUUUUCUCGACAGGCUGAAGCUUUUAAUUAUGUAAAAAUCUGCAAAGAGGAUGUUCAUGUAUUUGCUUUGGAAAAGAACACACAGAGUGGACAGAGGUUUUACCUUGUGACAACAUAUAAAGAGCUUUGGUUUUAUUACACCAAAGGUUACAAAACAAGUCUUAUGCAUUGCUAUGAAGUAAUUCCUGAAAAAGAUGCUUGCAAACUUUAUUUUGAUUUGGAGUUCUACAAACCAGCAAAUCCUGAUGCAGAUGGCAAGAGUAUGGUUGCAAAGCUAAUUGAGCUUGUCAGCCAAAAAUUAAAAGAACUUUAUGAUGUAAAUUGUUCAACUAAAGAUGUCUUGAAUUUAGAUUCCAGUACUGAAGAAAAGUUUAGUCGGCACUUAAUCUUUCUACCCCAAAAGACUGUAUUUAAGGAUAAUAUUCAUGUUGGUAACUUUGUGAGAACCAUUUUGCAGCCUGCCAUAAGAUUAAUGGAGAGUAAGGCUGCUGCUGCUGUGAUUCCAGAAGAAGAAGCAGGACGUGUUUUCCAGUCUUCUGCAGAAGCAGUUGGAUUAGAUGGUUCUCUUACAAACCUCACAGCUGUCGAAGAUGCUUCCAAAGGCUGGCCAGCCAUUGCUCACAAAACAAAGGAUAUGGAAAUGUCACACCAGGGAGAAAAUCUGGAUUUUUCUUUUCUAAUAGUAAAUGAUACAAAAGGCAACAAGCAACUUUUUGUGGAUCUAGGAGUUUAUACAAAGAACAGAAACUUCCGGAUGUAUAAAUCAUCAAAAGCAGGAAAAAAUGUGAUUCUGAAGAUAGCAGAGGAUAAUAAGUUUAUCCCUAGCUGUGAAAAGGAUGUUUCCUUGGAAGAAGCAUAUUUUCUUUCCUCUUUAAUCUGCAACAUUAGAGUGAGUGAUGACACAAAAGUUCUGUCAUCUGGCUUUUCAGAGGAGGAGAGAAAAAUGUCUGCUUUUUUAAACGGUAAAACAACCAGAAGCAGCCAAGAUUCCAUGGAAGGCUAUCAGGGUUCACCAUAUCCAGAAAUUGAUAAUUUUGUUCAUUCUUUGGUUAAUAAAGAUGGGCUACAAGGAGGGAUACGGCAGUGGAAUUACUUCUCUCUCAAAGAAAUACUUGUAUAUGAUAUUUCUGGUUACCGCUGGUGUGAAAAUAUUGGAAGAGCUCACAAAAGUAACAACAUAAUGAUUCUGGUAGAUCUGAAGAACGAAGUCUGGUAUCAAAAGUGUCAUGAUCCUGUCUGCAGAGAACAAAACUUCAAAUCACAAAGUUUUCCAUUACCACCUGGGAUAUGUCUCCCGUCUCUUUUCAAAGAGGAAGAAGAGUAUACACCAAUGGAUGAAAGGGGGAACACAGAAGAAAAGGUGAAACCACAUUUUAAUGCAUCAGACUUGUCAGAAAGCUCAGGAUCUCUGGCAAACAGCUUGUCUCAAGACUUGUUGUCAGACAGUGAGUGGGAAAAUGCAAGCGACGAUGCCUGUUUCCUGGAAGCUGCAGAAGAUGUGGAACUCGCUGAAGCUGCAAAUGAUAGUCUGAAUUAUGCCAUGGAAGAAAUCCCAGAUGAAGCUCUUUUGGAAGCUUUAAGGAAAGAAGACUCUUGCAAUAAAGAAGGCAGCUAACCACUGGCUUGGCCAGCACACAGACUGCCAGCAAUGACACCUGGGUGCUGUGUGCCUCUGGAAAGAUACUGCCAUGUAGUUCAAAAGCACUAUUCCAGAGGUGUAGGACAAAGAGCAGAUUAGCUGGAUGAUCUUGAACAGGCAGGAGGAGAUCAUGGAAGAUUACACCGAGUCUGAAGAGUGCUGGACUGAAACACUCAUCA